AUGAAGUGCCCAGACACUCAGUUAAUCCCAACCAGCUCAGCAUUGCUCUCGUCAGUUGCCUUCCAUGUCCAUCUAGCAAACGGACGCUUUAUUAUUCUUUCUUCGGGUCGACUCAGUAUAAAUAGGUACCAGUCAAGUUGUCAUAAGAGAACUAUCACAAAAAAGAAAAACUUUGAACUAAGAACUAUUGAAGAAAGCAAAGAACUACAAAACAAAAAUCACAUAGCAGUCAUGGAAAAAAAAGAAAUUUUAAAGAGAAAGGAAUUUCAGAAAAAUCAAGAAAUAGACCUCCAUAAACUAGAUCGCCAUUCAGUAGGCAGUCAUGGGGGUCGUGAUCGCCAUGGAGAUCGCGACAGACACCGAGAUGACCGUCAUCGCUACGAUGAGGACAGAGAUCAUCGCAGAGAUCAGAGAAACGUCAGCGAUUAUGACUCCGAAGAGCUUCGAAAAUUCGAGGAAGAUUAUAAGAGUGAUCGUCUCGGUCAAUACGUCUUCUCAGACCUCAAUUCUGCUGUUAAAGGACUUGUGGUCCAACCGAUUCAUCUCAACAAAGAAGUGAAUCGAACAGUGAUAAUAGACAGCAUAUGCAAAGAAUCCGCAGAAAAAGUGCGGUUCGAGUUCGGAAAAGGAGAAGAUGCCAGAGAAAUCUCUGUGCAAGAGUAUUUCAUGGUUCAUCACAACAUCAAAUUGAAGUUCCCCAAGUUGCCUGUCGUCAUCUCUAAAAAACGACAGCACUAUGAGUUUUAUCCAAUGGAGCUGCUCGAAAUCAUUCCAGGACAACGUCUGAAGAAUAACAAAAUGACUGCUGGAAUUCAGCAGUUCAUGACCGGGGCAAACAGUUCGCUCCCCCUGGACUAUAUUUCCCAGACACGCGUCAUCCUCCAGGACUAUAUGAAAUUGGGACAGCAUCGAAAUAACAAGUAUUUCGACGCGUUCAAGAUUCGUAUUAUGGAUCUUCACCCGGUUGUUGUCCGUGGAGUCGUUUUAGCUCCUCCCCAUAUCUUCUUUCGCCCGGACAGAGCCCGUGUAAUUGGCGGUGGAUCCGAUGUCCGAAUUAUUGCGGGGCACGAAGAAACGUUCGUAAAGCCUGCAAAACUUCGAUCCAUCAUGAUCAUCGACUACUGCAAAGGGCUGCGUGAGAUCGACGACUUCAAGCGUUGUCUUUUUUCAAAGUUCCGUGAGCACAGAAUCGUUUACAAGGAUCACGAUGUCGAGUGGAUUGAUGAGACCUGCGAUCCUUCGGAUUUUGCCAGAACGAAGGAUCUGAUGAAGCAAGCUCUGCGCAAAAGGGUCAGAAAACACACCAGGGUAGAACGCUCAUCAAACCACAUUCUGAAGUACUACGAGGAGAAAAUUGGACAACAGACACUUCAACUUUGUGCCGAAACCGUGAUGAAAAUGGCAAGAUGCGGUGGCAAUAAGACGACCGUCGACAAUGUCCUUCGCAAACUCAACCUCAAAUGCGGUGGAACAAACUUCUAUGUGGGAGUCCCAGAUGCUGUCAAUAACAGACAAGUCUGCAUCAACCCUGAGGAGAUGAGAAAGAAGCUCUACAAGAAUACUCAGUUCAUCGGAUUCGAGUUAUCUCAUACCGGAGCCCAGUCCAAAUUUGACAAGCUGAAAGAGGAUGCUGAAAUCGAUCCAACGAUCGUUGGUGUGGCCUACAGUCUGAAGCACGCAACUCAACUCGGAGGGUUCUCCUACUUCCAAGACGGCCGGGUUCACAAACUCACCCAUGUCCAAGAAAAGUUUGGAGAGUGCCUCCAAGGAUACAAAAAAGCAACGGAUUCUCUUCCAAAGACCAUUGUGAUCUACAGAAUCGGCUCAGGAGAAGGCGACUAUGAUCAAGUCCGGAAAGAAGUGGAGGAAAUGCGAGAAGCAUCCGACAUUUUUGAGUCUGGAUACAAGCCAAAGUUCCUAAUGGUUCUCGCACAAAGAAACUCACACGUUCGCAUCUUCCCGGAGCAUAUCAAUCAGGGUAACGCCAGGAUUCAAAAUGUUCGAUCUGGAACCUGUGUGGAAAGUCUUGGAUCAGCUCACGGAAUGAUGGAAUUCAUUCUCUGUUGCCAAUCAGCGAUGAUUGGAACUAUUCGUCCAACACGAUACACUGUGAUCGUCAACGACACGGAUUGGACGAAGAAUGAGCUGAUGAAUGUCACUUAUCAUUUGGCUUUUGGUCAUCAAGUGUCUUAUGGUCCACCAUCGGUCCCGAAUGUGUUGUACGCAGCGAAGAAUCUUGCGAAACGAGGCCAGAACAACUUCAAGGUUCACAAAGAUAUGGCCCAUAUCAAAGACAAAACUAAGAAGCUCUACGAAGAGUAUGCUGACGUCCUUGGGAAGAAGGAAGAAGAAGAAGCUGUGCUGGACAAAUUCAUCAAUGACCUAUCCGAAGAAGUCAACAAGUGUACCAUCAGUGGCCGCAACUUCUGGGCUUAG